AUGAAUUAUUAGCAUCCUCUUUAAAGAACACCAAAAGCCCUUUAGAUUAAAAUUCCUUCCCCAGCUUUAAGAACUUAAUUGAGUCCAACCCAAUUUUCAUCACCAAAACGCAUUAUUCCUAUCACCGAAAUAAUUCGCUUCAUUCCCAAUGAUCAAUCUGGGACUCCCUAAAAAGAGCCUGUUAAUAAGGCUGAGUUGAGUGUCCCUUAACUUUAGGUUUUCUUGGAUGAGUUGUUGAAAAGAUAUGAUAAGUUAGCUUAAGAUCUCCAAAAGUCAACUCAAUAGGAAAUUCAAUUAUAAAAUGAUAUGAAUACUCUAUAAUAGGAUACUAAUAACAAAUUACAAGAAGUUUAUACAGAAAAUUAAAUAUUAUAAGAAACAGUGAAGAAUAAGGAUUAGGAAAUCGUACUUCUAAAUGAAUUGAUUGACAGGUUGAAAGAAUAACAUAAUAAAGAACUCUAAGAUUUGAAAAAAGAAAAUGAAACUGUUCUUGGGGUAUUGACAGACAAAUUACAAUAAAUGAAUAUAUUUGGCAAAGAGAAAAUUUCAGAACUUGAAUAAACUAAGAGUUUGCUUUAAUUAAGAGAUCAAGAGGUUUUAGAAUGGAGAAGCAGAAAAAACAUUGCAGAUUCCAACACUUAAGAAAUUAGUAAUCUGAAAUCUAAGUUAUACAAAUUAGAGUUAUAAAAUAAUCAAUUAAUAAAAGAAGGCUCAAAAUUGAAAUCAUAACUUGAAUAAAAGGAGAAUGAAAUUGCUGCAUUGAAAAAUAAAUUGCAAUAAGGAUUAUCUACGAAUGACCACCAACAAUUAUAGGAAGAAUUGGAGUAGGCCAAAUAGGAAAUUAAGUACUACUAAGAAUAAUUAAUGUAAAAUGAGAAAAACGAAAACUUGGGGGAUCUGGAUGAGCAGGAAGAAAAAAUAUAGGUGUUGGAAAGUGAAAUAAAAAGAUUAAAUAAAUAGUUAAUUGAUAUGAGACAUGAAUUGGAGAGCUAUAGGGUUCACAAAUCAGACAAUGAAUUCUUGAAGAGCAAAUUGUCAACCUAGUAAAGUUAGAUCAGAGAUUCAAAAUUACGGGUAGCUUAAUAUUGA